AUGGCGGGUAAAUUGGAAGAAGCAGUUGUCAGUUUGGAAGCUAUGUUCCAGAAGACGGAAUCAGAUCUGAAUCAUUUAACACGGAAAUUAGAUUUUGAAUUGCAAAAGACUGGCUUCUCGGAUAAUGAGAACCCAAUAAAAUUAAUGCAGCAGAUUUCAGAUAUCAAAAAGGAAUACUUGACACUUGUUGAUGAAACUAAAAAAGUACAGGAGGCACAGAAGGAAAUGAUGGAUUAUUUUCAUGAGCAACUUGGAAACCUUAUCAAAAUAACAAAGCAUUUGGAGUCUCGGACAAAUUGCAAUGUUUCUGAAACAUCAGAUGAACUGAAAGCUUUGGAACAACUUACUGGUGUCCCAAUCCUGAGUACUGCUCCAGAGAAGAUUUCCACUGAAGAUCAGGUGGCAGAAUCUCAGAAGACUUGCCCAGAGACUUUCAAGAACACAAUUAUCAAAGAAAAAGUGCCAGAAAAGACAUUCAGUUCAAUAGAUUUUGUCAAGUCGCCAUCAACAAAACGAAAGAAUACAACUGAGUUUAUGCCAUUAACUGAAGAAGAAUUUAAUCAAGUCUCUAAUCUUGUGCGUGGCCGAGCAAAACUGGAAGAUGUUAACAAUUGCUACCAAGUCCUUUGGCAAUAUUUCAAAGAGGAAAAGAACAAAGGGUUUUUAACAACAAAAGAGAUGCACAACAUGGGUUUACGAAUUACUGGAGCCACUGGAGAAGCUAAACUUAAGAUAUUGCGAUCUUUGAAAUUGCUCACAUUAAAUAGCCAAGGUGUUCUCUCUCUCUCUCUCUCUCUCUCUCUCUCUCUCUCUCUCUCUCUCUCUCUCUUUUAUCACUUUUUAGGCCAGUCUUCAAAGAAUUUAGUUUUCGAAUUGCCAUAA